AUGUCACAAAAAUUCUGGAUUUUUGUGAUUUGUUUCUGGUCGGGUUGUUUGGCUCAAAAUGAAACGGGAUAUGGGGAUUUGAAGUUGGAAUUUGUACAGACGCUAUGGCGACACGGUGACCGUGCUGCAAUCGACGAGCUCUACCCGAUUUUUGAAUCAAAUUGGACAUUUGGAGGUGGUGGUCUCGGGGAGCUAACACCACUCGGGAUGUCUCAGAUGAACGAUUUGGGGACUCUAUUCAGAAAAAUUUAUGUGGAGGAUAAAGAGUUUUUGAGUCAUCGGUAUACUGGGAAAGAGAUCUACAUCCGCUCGACCAACGUCAACCGUACCAUAAUCUCCGCAAUGUCUAUGCUCUAUGGUCUCUACCCACCCGGCGCCUGGAAUAUUCAAGGUGUCGAUUACCCGAAUAGCAUUGAUUGGCAACAAGGAUUCACUUUCGUUCCAGUACAUGUCGAUGGUGAUAAUCAUUGUGCUGCUACCCAACAAUGCAAGUGCGCUCGAGACGACGAGCUACAGGAUAAGAUGGCGGAGCUUCCGGAGGUACAGACUGUCAAUGCCAGGAUGCUCACUAUGAACCUCCGAAUGGCUGCUCUCUUCAACGUGACUGAAGAUGCAGACACAUUUUCCGACUAUCCCGAUGCCUGGAAAUGCCAGAGAAAUUGGUUCAAUGAUACCUUAUAUGAGAAGCUUCCAUUCUACAAUGAGGCUUUAUUUCAAGAAUCUCAGAGAACUUUUGCACCAUACAAACAGAUGAUGGAGGGGCAUUUUGUCCAACCUGCAAUUCUCAAUGGCGUCGAUAUUGCUCAUGAAACUCGAGUACUCCAAAGUGGAGUGAUGCUCAAUGAGAUUUAUGAGAGGGUUCGGGAUAAAGCAGAAUGUUUGAAAAGUGGAGAGAAUUGUACGGGAUUUUUCAAGGGAUUGAAGUUCUACGGGUAUUCAUCGCACGAUCUCGUUAUCUACGCUAUCCUCGUCUCCUUGGGAGUCCAAGAUUCUGUGAAGACUAUCGAUGGAUGGCCAGACACUGCCGCCUCCUUGACCAUCGAACUCUACAGUAACCCAGAUAACCAAUAUUUUAUCAAGUUCCUUUACCGCGACAAUUCCGUCGACGAUUUCUCGGAUGUCACAUCAAAAGUGUGCAAUAGAGCAGAGUAUUGUACUAUUGAAGAUUUCCGGAAAAUCGCUGAAAUGUACAAACCUUUGCCGGAUUAUAAGACGGUGAGUUAA